AUGAUCGGAAAAAGCGGAAAUAGUUCAAGGAAGCUGAUUACAAAUGGUAGCAGUAGUGAUACAAUCAAUGCUUCAGAUAACAGCUUUCCUUUCGAAGAUAUCUUUGAGAAUAGAACUCAUGAAUUCGAACCAAAGCAUCAAAUUCUGAGCAACGAAGAUAUUCAACAUUUCUUGCAACCAUACCUACCACUAAGUAAUUCGAUUAAUCCAUUAUAUUCUACGGAUACGUGCGUCGAUGACGUAAAAAAGGACCAGUUUAUUCGUGAUAAGUCUUCUUUUGACAUGUGUCAAUUGAGAGAUAUACCAACAAGUUCGAAUAUUAUCCAUCCAAAAUGUUACCAUUUUAGAGUUAAUACUGUGUCAAUAGCAAGUGCAGUGAUAACAGCAGUAUUGACACUACUAUUUGUGGGAUAUAUUAUUGUUAAUGCUUCCAAUAACAGGAAAUUCAACAUUUGGUUGAAAUAUUCUUUGGUAGUGUUCGCAAUAUUGAUGCUCAUUUUCAUAGGUUUCUUCGUCGGUGGUAUUUUACAUCAACGGAAAAGCUGGAUGCUUCCAUUAAUUGCGUCUAUGAUUUUUUCAUGUAUUAGUCUAUUCGGAAUAUUGAUUAUCAUGAUAACUAUCACUACUGAUAAUACCUGCGAAGGAAAUGCUAAAUAUUUUAACGAGCGCAUAUUGUUCAUCGCUAAUAUUAUUAUUUUCAGAAUCUCUGGAAUCUUUGGACAACAUUUUUGGAGUACCAAUGUUUUAGUACCAUUAUUUCUCAUUAUUUUAUAUACAUUCAAUUACCAUUACAAUUAG